AUGGGAUUGUCUAUUUCAAAGCUCCUCCAGGGUCUUUUUGGCCGCAAGGAAAUGCGCAUUCUUAUGGUUGGUCUUGAUGCCGCCGGUAAGACCACCAUUCUUUACAAGCUUAAGCUGGGUGAAAUCGUCACAACCAUCCCCACCAUUGGCUUCAACGUCGAGACUGUCGAAUACAAGAACAUUUCAUUCACCGUGUGGGAUGUUGGUGGACAGGACAAGAUUCGUCCCCUUUGGAGACAUUACUACCAAAACACCCAGGGUGUUAUUUUCGUUGUCGACUCGAACGAUCGCGAACGUAUAGGCGAGGCUGCUGAAGAACUGCAACGCAUUGUCAAUGAGGAUGAGCUUCACGACGCGUUGAUUCUUGUUUUUGCCAACAAGCAGGAUUUGCCCAACGCCAUGAAUGCUGCCGAGAUUACCGAGAAGCUUGGUCUGCACUCUCUUAGACAACGGUCGUGGUAUAUUCAGGCCACGUGCGCCACUUCUGGCGAUGGUCUUUACGAGGGUCUUGAGUGGUUAAGUACCAAUCUUAAGAAGAGAGGUUAA